AUGGCGCAUCCGGCGGUGAUACGAUGGUGGUGCUGCUGGAUGGUUGCAAUGUUGGCCUUCGCGGUCGUUCCGACGGAACAGCAGUACCACGGCACAGCAGUGCGGCACGGCUUUCCGCCCGAUGUGCUACACGUGGAACCCGACAUCGACACCUCCCGCAGGUUACCGCGCACGGUCACCCUAGGGGCUGGCGAUAGUGAAUCGGUUGAUCCGGAGGUAAGCACGCUGCUGGGCAGAUCCGCCUUCCUGCGGAAUGAGUUGCUGCAUCGGGCUCGCCGUGACGCUGGUCCAAAUGUCAAAAAUGGUUCUGCGACCGUCGACGGCUCGUCAGCUGGCGGAGGAAGUAGCAGCACAAUAAAUGCCGCCGCAUCGACGGAAUUUACCUCUUCAUCCUCGGCAAUCGUGGCAAAGACAACUCAAUUGAAUGAUUCCCACGGACAACUAAUCGUGCACUGGUUGGGAGAAGGAACCGACAUAAUGAUCUGUCUCGCGCGUGAACCGCCAGACACAGACUUGAAGUCGCCACCGCCACCGCCCUCGCGGAUAUUCAUGUCCAACGACUACGGCGAUACGUUCGAAGAUAAGACGAAACAGUUUAUGCUGGAUGUGAACGGAACGAAGGUGAAUUCGACGGUGGAGCAAUUUUUUACUCAUCAUAAGUUUAACACUAUUGUUUUUAUUGAUCCUCGGAAUCAAGCGAUAUUCACUUCUGAAGACUUUGGAAAAACGAUCACCGUUAGAAAGCUGGAUUUUACACCUUCCGACGUUUCGUUCUAUGAUGCCGAUAGUCGUACGUUCCUUGUCCUCGACAAACGUGAUCCACAGCGGAAGCUCUACUAUACCACCGACUUCGGGGCUUCGUUUACACUUUUGCAAAGCUACGUAAAAUCGUUCCUGUGGUCGUCUGGCGAAGGAGUUCCGAUCCAUCUCUACGUGGAGCGCAAAGAACCGACGAACACUUCGUCGGUAAUCUUCUUCAAUGCGGCCGAUUUGUACGCAGGAAACCGAAAGUUUAAUGUGCUGAUCGAAAAGGUGGAAGAUUUUCAUAUCAAAAAAGACUUUAUGUUUGCCUCGCAACGUCUGCCGAACAAUACGCAGCUGCUGAUAUCGUACAAGCGGGGCAAGUUCGUGAAAGCAGAUUUCCAAACGGAACUGGACAUUCGCGGAUACCACGUGGCCGACGUGGAGGGCCGACGGAUCAUGAUUUCGGUCGUGCACACCGAGCGCAUCUCUCACCUGUACGUGUCGGAGUCGAACGAUGAUUUAACCGACAUUAAGUUUGUACCAAGUUUGGAGAACGUCUUCAGCUACAUACCGGACCUCAACUGGCGCUCGAGUUGGCUGGUCAAAUCUUCUGAUACGGCGUUCACCGACUUGUACCGGGUGGAGGGUCUCCGUGGUAUCUAUAUUGCUUCGAAGAUGAAUCGAAUCCCGGUUGCCGAAACGAUCACGCCCGACUAUCUGGUGUCGGUGAUCACGUUCGAUCACGGUGCUACCUGGCGGCCGAUCAAGGCACCCGAAGCGGACGAUGAAGGCCAACCAUUGACGAACUGUGGCAAAGAUUGUAGCUUGCAUUUGUUGCAAAAGUUUUGCUCACUUUACCCGGUAACGAGGUCGGUUACUAUCAUGAGUUCUAAAUCAGCCCCGGGGGUCAUCAUGGCAUCCGGCGUUGUGGGAAAAUCGCUCAAAGGUCACCCGGGCGUCUACAUCUCCCGUGAUGCUGGCCUGACGUGGAAGCAAAUUCUCAAGAACUAUCAUUUCUUCAACAUGGGCGACCAUGGGGGUCUGCUGGUGGCCGUGAAGUACUUCAAAUCGAAGGGCGAAACGAACGAGAUCCUUUACUCGACCGACGAAGGCGAAAAGUGGCAAUCGGCUCCGUUCAGUGGUUCCCAGCUGAAAGUGUACGGCCUUAUGACCGAACCCGAGGCGAACGGUACCAUCUUCACCCUGUUCGGUUCGGAGCAGGACGAGCACCGGUGGCUUAUUAUCAAGCUUGAUCUCAAGCAAGCGUUUACGUCGAACUGUACCGAAGAUGACUACAAGUUUUGGGCACCCGGUGGGCCGCACAACGCAAGUGCGGGAUACUUUAUGCCGUGCGUUCUCGGCCGACAGGACACGUAUCAGCGUCGCAAACCGCACGCAAACUGUCACAAUGGGCUCGACUACGAGCGUCCAAUUCGGCAGGAAGUUUGUGCGUGCAACUAUUGGGACUUUGAGUGUGACUUCGGAUUUGUGCGCAGCGGACAGAAACGUUCGUUUUGCGUGCGCAAUCGAACGUCCACGCACCUCGUCGAUCCGUACGCGAUUCCGGCUUCCUGUAAACCGGGUGCGUUUUACAAUCGCACUCGUGGCUACCGCAAAAUUGAAGGGGAUGUGUGCGUCGAUGGCUUCGCGUCCCAGUUCCUGCCGCAGCCCGUGCCUUGCCCGGUCGGCGAGAUGAACGAGUUCUUGAUCGUGGCACAGCGGGAAAAGAUCUCUCGCAUUGAUCUGCGCUCCGAGGAACGGCUCGACCUGGCAAUCGAAGGGCUGAAGAAUGUGAUCGCUAUCGAGUUCGACCUGAAACGGAACUGUGUUUUCUGGGCAGACAUUAUGACGGACGUGAUUGGACGGCAGUGUCUGAACGGGAACGCCACACCGGAAGUGCUGGUUGAUAAUGGAUUGUCUUCGGUCGAAGGUAUGUCGUACGAUUGGAUCUCCGAUGUGCUGUUCUUCGUGGACGGAAUGCGAUUGAUGAUCGAAGCGUUACGUGUACCGCCGCCGGCCACGACAGUGAACUCCGCCUCCGGUCACCGGACACCGAACAUUCGGCGAACCAUCAUCGACGGUAAGCAUCUGAACAAACCGCGUGGCAUCGUUGUGCACCCGCUCGAGGGGUACCUGUUUUGGACGGACUGGAACUCGAUUCGACCGUCGAUCUCCCGCUCCAACAUGGAUGGUACGGACGUGCGCGAACUGUUCACCAAACCAGACGUUGCCUGGCCGAAUGGUGUGACGAUCGACUACAUGGCCGAGCGGUUGUAUUGGGUGGACGCGAGCAAGGAUUAUAUUGCCAGCAGCGAUCUUGAGGGCAAAAACUUCCACAAGGUACUGCAGCAGGACCCGUACGUACAGCAUCCGUUCGCGGUGGCCGUGCUCAAGGACGUGAUGUACUGGGACGAUUGGAAGAAAAACUCCGUGUUCUCGGCCGACAAGGACCACGGCAUCAUGGUGCGGUUGGUGGCCGAAGGAAUGGCCAACUCGAUGGACAUGAAGGUGUACGGCCACACGAUCCAGAUCGGGACCAACGGGUGCGCCGGAGCGGACAAUCGCUGCUCGCAUAUGUGUGUCGCCGGCCCAAAGAACACCAUCAGCUGUCUGUGCCCCGAUGGGAUGGAGCUGAGGGGCGGCACAAAGUGUGAGUGUCCGCAAGGCACGACGCCCGAUCCCAGUGGCAGCUUGGUUUGCAAACGUACGGGCAAGACGUGUGGGGCAAAGUUUUUCGACUGCAACAAUACGAUGUGCGUCCCGCUGAUUUACCGAUGUGAUGGUGAUGACGAUUGUACGGACGGCAGUGACGAGGAGGGUUGCCCGGCGGGGAAACCGGCCUGUCCGCCACACAUGUUCACGUGCAAGUCGGAUCGGCAGUGUGUGCCAAAGUACUUUGUGUGCGAUUUUGACCGCGACUGCCAGGACGGAAGUGACGAGCAGAACUGCAAGACGGCUCAGUGCAAGGGGGACGAGUUUGCGUGUGACAAUAAGCGCUGCAUCAAGCAUAGCUGGGUGUGCGACGGGGAGGACGAUUGCCGCGAUGGGUCCGACGAGAAGCAGUGCCAGAAGCGCAAUGGGACGCGAUUGGUGGAAUGCAAAGCCGACGAGUUCCGGUGUAACGCCACGGCCACCUGUCUGCCGAAGCAGUGGCGCUGCGACACGGAGGUCGACUGCUCGGAUGGGUCAGACGAGGUGAACUGUACGCAGAAUGCGUGCGAAUCGUGGAUGUUCACGUGCGUUAGCGAUGGAAAGUGCAUUUACAAAACGUGGCAUUGCGACGGCGAAGAAGACUGUCGCGAUGGGAGCGAUGAGCGCAACUGUACCGCCGGUGGCGGACUCAUCAACAAUGGCACUUCGAAAGACACGGGCAAAAAGCCAGGUAUUAACUUUAUGCCCGGCCAGCAGUGCCAUGAUUGGAUGUUCAAGUGCAACAACGAUAAGUGUGUGCCGUACUGGUGGAAGUGUGAUGGCGUGAACGAUUGUGAGGAUCACUCGGACGAGCAAGGCUGUGGCGAUAAAGAGGACAGUACGGGCGCGACUACCACAGUGACACCGUUGCGGCCGUCGGUCACACCGACCCGUGCCAGGAAUAAGGGCCGUUCAUGUGGGCUGCACGAGUAUCGGUGCGAUUCGGGGACUUGCAUUCCGAAGCGAUUCGUUUGCGACGGGUACAAUGACUGUCCAGGGAGCGGCGAGGAUGAAGAAAAUUGCCCCACUCACAAGCUGUGCAACAACAGUAACUUCCGCUGCUGGACGGAUGGGGCGUGCCUGACAAUGGACAAACUGUGCAACGGAGUGAAGGACUGUGCCGACGGUAGCGAUGAAGAGUGCAACUUUCAGCCAAAGACAUCGGAUACAACGAAUCGAAACUGUAGCACCAAUCCGGGCGUCUUUGAGUGCGACAAUAGUUGCUUUGCCCUUAUUCUGCAGUGCGAUGGAAAACCGGCCUGUUACGAUGGUACGGACGAGGAGAACUGUAGCGGCAAUCGGAUGGGACCUCAUUAUCAGGUCACCCAAAUUAGUGUGGAUCAGCGCUUCCUAAACUCGACCAGUUUUUUGAUUUACUGGUGGAUUCCGCUGCAGCCCAACGUGACACUGGAAUAUUUGCCCUCGAUCUACUACAACAAAGAGUGGAAAAAUGUCACGAAUUGGAUUAGCCAGAUGGAGUAUCGGUUUACCAACUUGAAACCAUACACCAGCUACAAGGUUACGACGUACGUCCGUGUCAAAAAUCAACCGAAAAUCACACCUCCGUACAUGUACUACGAAAUAGCAACAACCGAAGGAAUUCCUACACCACCCUUAAAUGUUUCGGUGGUCCAGAAAAACGGUUCGUUCGUGCAGGUUAGCUGGGAGCCGCCCAAAGAAUCGAAUGGCCGUCUCGAGGGUUACACGGUUAACUUCCGGUCCCAGUCGAAAAACGUGCUGCCGGCACAGACGGUCAAGGCGAGUAUAACCGAAACGAGCGUAAUUAUCGACAAGGAAUUUAAACCCGACGUUGUGUACGAGUUUUGGGUGAAAGCCCGUAACGGUAAGCACGAGUCGGGCACUUCGAAGAUGGUGCCACUAAAGUUCGAUGGUACGGCGUUUGUCGAGAAGAUCAAUCGUAUCGAAGUACUGAACAAAACGGCCAAGUCGGUGACGCUACAGUGGAAGCCGGUGAGCAACGCCGACGGGUACGUCGUUAUGCCAAUCUUACCGCAAACGUAUCCCGUACUACCGACGAUCACUGUCCGGAAUGCGACGAACGUAACGCUCGACAAUAUGGUCCCUGGAACGCAGUACGUCAUCAAGGUGGCUGCGUUCGUGAAGAAAUUCUUUGGACAGCACGAAACCACGAUCAUUCCGUUCGACGGUACCCAAUUACCCGCGCUGAAUGUCGUGGUGAAGGAGAUAACCGAGAAGUAUGCGCUGCUCGAGUGGAGCGAACCGAAGGGGGUCAACCUGGGCCAGUUGGUUUACGGAGUCUACUAUGGUACGAGCAUGGAUGCACUGUUUGAAGCUGCACGCCUGAACACCACAUCGACCUCGGUCAAGUUACCGGGUUUGACGCUGUGCCAAUCGUAUCUGGUGAGCGUGGGCAUCGUUGGUCCGAUCGGACCCGGCCCGCUCGGUCGCAAUCCGCUAAAGCUGGAGACCGCCUACAAUCGCAUGCUACCACCAAAGGAUCUAAAUGUUCACAUUAACGAAACUAGUCAAGAAAUGACCAUCGAAUGGCAGCAUAGCUGUACCUUGGAGGCAACCGUCUAUCCGGCGUACAUCAUUACCGUUCGCGAGCUUACGCUGAACCAAACGUCCGUCGUCACGGUGCAACCAUCGGGCAACAAAACGCUGGUGCACGUGUUCCGCCGGAUUCCGAAAGGUGCCGCCUACGAAGUGUAUGUUAAAACCGACCUGCCUGACGCACAGGCGGCACUGUAUAUGGUCAACUCGAGGCAACUUCCGGCGCCCGUGAAGCUGCAGGUGUGGCCCGAAGUGAAUGGAACUUACGUGGUGUACUGGAAACCGGUUUCCGACUUCAAGGAUGACGGUUACACCUACGAAGUUCUCGUCAAGGAGGGCCUCGCUGUGAAUAGCUCUGCGCCACCAGUUGUUACGCUACAUUCCAAAGAACCACCCGUCCUCAUCAACCCGGAGCACUUGAAAUCGAUCGACGAGAACGGCUUCUUUACCGUUGGUGUGCGACUGAAAACGGAUCAGGGUCUCUUUUCCGACAUUGCUGAAGCAGAAUCGUUCGCGAGGCACAGUGUUCAAGGCUUGCAGCAAUCGUCCACAUCCUCGAAUGCCAUAUAUUGGAUGUGGUUGGUGCCGGUGUCAGUGAUCGGCACCGCAAUGGCCGCGUUGGUAUUCACUUUACAGCGGCAUCAGCGGUUGCAGAACUCGUUCAGUCGCUUCGCCAACUCGCACUACGACACCCGAACCGGUGCCACCCGGAUUGGCUGCACGCUCGACGACGAUGAGCACGAGCACCAGGAAGUUCCACGCAGCUUUUCCGACGAUGAACCGCUUGUGAUUGCUUAAGAGGUACGGCGAUCAUCACCAAAAAACAAAUUCACCCACAUGUGGUGCUCGAUAGCAAAAGAUUUCAUGCUAAGAUGUAUCCGGUCGGCCGAUCAUCGGCGGUGUUGUCGACACGGUGCCGUGUCGUAAGCGUCGUCCCCUCGUGUUCGCCACCGAGAACAAAAAGUGAUGCGAGCAAAAACAGAACUGAAUACCUACGGUGUACGAUCCCAAAACAUGUAUUGCCCCCUCACAUGGUCACGAUGAGUCUACAAAACAGUCAAACACAAAAUGUGUAUUGAGUAAAAAAAGGUAAAGAAAACAUUAAAUAACAAAAACUGAAAAAGCGAAACAAAGAUAAACACAAGUAUAUAAUUCAUAAAAACUAACGUGUAAGGCAUAGUAAAAAUGUGCGCACGCAACCGAAACCGCGCGCCGGCAGCAUCGACAACGGUAUGUCGGCGUGUUGGUUGCGAGCAAACUUUCGAGCAAACAAACCUUGGGAAGACUAUUGUAAUUUUGUAUUUAUGUGUUGUUUGUUUUUUUUUGAGAUAGGUUUAUUUAAAUAUGUAGCGUUUUGUGGAGGGCGUGAGGCCCCGCACCGUUAGGGCGCGGUGAGAGCAGAAACGUAAAGUGUAUUAAACAAGGGACGGCAGCGCGGCGCACGCAAGUUAAUAGGUAGCAAAGUGUGAUCAACUGGUGUUUGGCGAUGAUACAGGUGGAGACUCUCCACACUCCCAGAGUUACGAUCCAAUAUGCUCGGGUUGUAAACUAUGUAUAUUCUGUGUUUUUUUUCAUUUUCUGUAAUGUAAUAUUUUAUCUAUGAAUUGCGCAUCGGGUUUACUGAGGCUGCUGAAUGGCUCAAGGGGAGGAGCGAAAGAGAACAAACUUCGUGACAUACCUGAGUUGAUGCGAAUGGGUUUUCCAGCACCGUAAGUUUAGUGUAGUGAAGAAAAUAGAGAAGUAGGCAGAGGGUCGAUGCUCUUUCGGGAACGAAACUCAGUAGCCAGAAACGAAGGAGUAGCGAAGUCGAAUUAUCAUGGCGUUUGGCGAGGAACGGUCGAUACAAGGAGUGGGUAUAUCAGUCCGAAGUGUGAAAGGUGUGUGAUGCUUAAGAUUGAUAUUCAGUGAGGAAUAUAUUUGCGAAGGAUAAACAAAUGAAGAAAAUGUGGAGAUACAAUAAUCUUGAGAAACAAUACGUGCGUGCGUGCGUGUGGUUGCCUGCCAGUUUAGAGACGAAACGCGACAACGCGACGGAAGUGUUGCAACACGGCACACCAUACAUCCAAAAACAGAGAAGGUGGCAGAACCCUAAAGUGUGCAAAUCCUGUACAGUGUAGCGUGCGAUUCGGUUAACAUUGAAGAUAGUCAAAUGUGCAUAUAUAACGCUGACGGGUGAACUGAUUAAGUAAUCGUCGAUCUCCGAACUGACCGGAUUAGAAAACCGAAACGAAACAGAAAAGGCAUAGAGGGAACAAUCAUAAGAUAUUAUCUGUGUGAGUGUGUGUGUGUGUGUGUGUGUGUUGGACAAACGGGUACAACGCGUGCGCGCGCGUCUGGGUAUUUGGAACCGUACUUCCUAAAAAACUUCCCGGUUUCCUACCUUUCUGUACUGUUAGUUCUUGCAAAUGUCCUUUCCUUACGCGAUUUGGACUUUUCUCCUCUUCGUCCUGUCCCUAAUCCCACCCACUGCAUGGUCGACGUGAGUUGAAAAAGAAUGUGUAAUAAUCUUUAUGAGUAAGUAGCGAAAAAAAAACAAUAAACGGAAUCUGUUGCGCAUCCUCCU